CACUAUGCCGCAAUCAAGCUCUCAGAAAUCUCCGACAACAGCUGCCUCUCCUACUAUGGCGAUGACCAGCAAUGCUACCGUGUUUAAGCAGAUGUCAAACAAUAUGAAAACUCCCCAGUAUCCCGCGGUUGUUGAGAAACUUGCGCGGUGGCUGAACGACGAUCGCGCAUACUAUGAUGCAGCGAGAGGACCGAUUGUACAGUUGUUACAGCUUGCUCACGACCAGUUGAAAAUCGCUUUGGGCUUGGAUCCAGCAACACCUCUUAAUGCACAGCUACACGCUCAUGCAUGGGUGCCCUGUUACAUUAAUCUGUUCCAGAUCGUAUUGAAACAUGUCAGGCAUUUCAAAGAACCGUAUCUUCGAGAGAGGGCGUUACGCCUGGUAAAUACGAUUUUGAGUGACGCACAUGCUCCGCCAACACAAAUGGAGAUUAUUGAUGUCGAUGCUGAGGAAACCGCUCCUUCUGUUUCACCGACGAAUGUACAAUCACAGGUGAAACAUAAUCCAGGACCAAUCUCAGCCGUAUUCCCGAGAUCAAAUCCUGUCUCUUCAGCAUCAAACACGAUCGCCUCAACAACAACUUUUCAGAGUGUCCCUUCUUCAUCGAGAGAUUACCAAUAUGAGGAAAAACCAAAGGAUAACUGCUCCACGUCACUCAACCUGGGAAUCUCAAUAAUUCCUAACGAAUUAUCUCCUGCAACUACCAACGACCGUUUACUUUCAGAAGCGCGCUUUACCUCUGAGCCUGCUUCGAAUAAGCUUCCUUCCGUAACCUCGCCACGCUCAAAACUCAAGGUCGAAGAUGGAUUGGUCAAAUCAUACAUGGAGGCCAAUCCCGUUUCAGCAGCUACAGACCGACGGGAAAUUUCUCCGGUACGUUCCGACGACAGAAAUCAUUCAUCAGCAGAGAGGACAGUUCAGCCUCCACCACCUGAGCAAAAUCUCCCUACAUUUUCUGAGGUCCAGUCCUCCCUAGCUAGCGCGCGUGCCGAAGGAACUGCUCUCUCCCAAAAGCCACAAUUCCAGCCAGCGAGCAUGAUCGUCAUCGAAAAUACCAGGAUGGACGUGGACGACGUUAGCAUAGCUCAAUCAGACAGAGAUAUCGAUAUAACGCGUGACGAGAAGCCGCACCGUGUUCCACCGAAUGAUCAAGGUGUCAAUAUGAGUGACGUUCAGUGCGAUACCAAUGAUGAGAUGGAGGUUGACGCUCAGCUUACUUCAACUGAGAUCGUUCCCAGCGAAGGUGUUGUUACUGAGGGGAUAUCAGAGAGUGCCAUCUCACAAUCAGGCUCCAAGGAACUAGGCUAUGUUGCAGCCGCACAGGAAAUGUCGAGACGUGACGUUUCUCAAGAGAAGGAUAUGGAACCUGCACGAACUCCAAUAUCCUGUCAACUCAUUCCUGACGUCGUAUCAGUAUCAUCUCUCACACCCGAGCAAGGCGAGAAGAGGACUGCUGAAAAAGCUACCUUUGUUGCGUAUUCAGGGUCGGGAGACGUCGUUCCCGUGCAGGACACUCAGCAUAGUGUUCCGUUACCCAAUUCCAUUUCGCUAGCCCUUCCCGGGCUGAAGCAGCCUCGGAUAUAUUACCCUGCGAUCGAUGGAUUCAACUCAACAAUGAAAGUCAUUGCGUUUCAUGCAAGUCCGGCUUAUGGGAGCGUUGAUUUCACGAUAAAAUUACAGGAGGAUCAGUUGCAGAAUAUCAUGACUUGGAAUCGACGGAACCAGCUCAAGCGUUUACAAGGGCCAAUACAUAAGAGCAGCACCUGCUUGUCCUUAGCGUGCUACUCUGCGAAAGACAUACAAAGGAUGAUGCAACUUGCCUCUGAGAGUGAAGUGACCAAAAUUGGUUAUCAGUUCUUCAACAAAAUUCGUUCUGUGUUUCCGACAAACGACACACUACAGAUGUAUAUCACACGUAGUAGCGGGAAGACCCAGAAGAUAUUAUUGUCCCCGCCUUUGUUCACUCUUCUAACACCAGAUGGUCAUAUUGACUUGGGCGUGCACGUCAGAUGGCCAUUUAACAAGAUCAGGCUUCACCGGUCACGCCGGGGAGUUGAAGGCGACUUUGUUUUCGUGCUCCAUGCACAUUCACCGACCAGAGCUCAGCUACAGCAACUUGAGAAAAGGACCAAGGAUGACGUAGAUUGGGAAAAUUGGCUGUCACAUUUUUCUCGGCCGUUUGACCUCUCUUCCAAUCCUUUUGCUCGACUGCCUUGACCUAUGCACUGUCGCGACUAUCCCCAUCUUGUAUGCUCAAGUUAACAACUGCCGUCUAUUACAGAGCAAUGUAUUUUGCAGUAUCAGUACUGC